CACACACACAUUCAAAGACACUCGGCUGGGGCGAACACAGCGGCUUCACUUCAAGUUGUGGAGGCUAUAAGACAUCUUUUCAAUUGUUAUUUUUUCAAUUAGAAUGAAACAUUAAAAUAUUAAAAGGAUUCUGGAUAGAAUACAGUAGAUUUAAAAAAUCAUUUUUUUUAAAUAAACCCAUUGAGAUAAUGGAGUGCGUUUCUGCAAUGGAGUGCGCAUUUUUGUUCGUGUAGGUGCGUCGCUCAGAUGGACCUCCGAGGCGCAAAGAGGUGGCUUACCGGGACAUGGCAGGUGACAUGCCUAGCUCUCAUCAUAGGUCUCCUGGAUUUAGUUUGGGCACAAAUUCGUUACUCAAUCCCCGAGGAACUCGAACACGGAGCAUUCGUUGGAAAUAUAGCCGAGGACUUGGGUUUAGACGUGGAGAGACUCUCAGCACGUAGGUUCAGAAUAGUUUCAGGCGCAAAAAAACAGUACUUGGAGGUAAAUUUAGAAAAUGGUAUUUUAUUUGUAAACGAAAGAAUCGAUAGAGAGGAACUGUGUGAACUGAGUCUAUCUUGCUCGUUCCAUUUGCAAGUGGUAAUCGAAAACCCUUUGGAACUGUAUCGAGUUGAGGUAGAGAUUUUAGAUGUGAAUGAUAACUCUCCCAGUUUUCCAUGGAGCGAGUUUAAUUUGGAUGUGUCGGAGUCCGCAAUACUCGGGUCCCGCUUCCCUCUAGAGAGCGCGCAGGACUUGGACGUGGGCAGCAACUCUCUCCGCUCCUAUCUACUGAGUGUAAACGAACAUUUCGUCCUGGACAUCCAGACACGUAGUGAUGGCAGUAAGUUUGCAGAGUUGGUCCUGGAGAGCCCCUUGGACAGAGAGCAGCAGUACACUCAUCAAAUGGUACUGACGGCUGUGGAUGGAGGCUCGCCAGAGAGGUCCGGGACAGCACAGAUCAAUAUAACAGUACUGGAUGCAAAUGACAAUGCGCCGGUGUUCGACCAGUCUUUCUACAGAGUGAGGCUUGUGGAAAACGCACCGAAGGGCACCGUUGUGAUUAAAUUAAACGCAUCGGAUUUGGAUGAGGGUCCUAACGCCGAUAUCACAUACUCAUUCAGCGGGCAUGCUCCACUUAAAGUGCGAGAGCUUUUCAGUGUAGAUUCGCGCACUGGUGAGAUUAAAGUGAAAGGAGUCGUAGAUUAUGAAAAGUCAAGGAUGCACGAGAUAUAUGUGCAAGCCAAGGAUAAGGGCCCAUCGGCAGUGGCUGUGCACUGUAAAGUACUGGUGAAUAUAUUAGAUGUGAAUGAUAACCUUCCAGAGGUGAUUUUGACAUCAGUGUCCACACCUGUCCAAGAGGACGCACCCCCGGGGACAGUAAUUGCGGUCAUAAGCGUCAUGGACAAGGAUUCAGGUGAAAAUGGUAAUGUUGACUGUGAAAUUCCACAUCAUGUCCCAUUCCAACUCCACUCCUCUUUUAAGAACUAUUACACGUUGGUUACCAGUGAUUACUUAGACAGGGAGACCGUGCCAGAGUACAACAUCACUCUCACUGCUAGAGAUAUGGGCGCGCCUCCCUUGUUCACAAGGAAAACAAUUUUAGUUCAAGUAUCAGACAUGAAUGAUAACGCGCCCCGAUUCAAACAACCAUCAUAUACCGUCUAUUUGACAGAGAAUAACGCACCAGGAGCCUCAAUUUGCUCGGUUACAGCUCUGGAUCCAGAUUCGGACCAAAAUGCAUAUCUUUCUUACUCUAUUCUGGAAGGUGAUAUACAAGGGAUGCCCGUCUCCACCUAUGUCUCCAUAAACUCAGACAACGGGAAUAUUUACGCACUGCGUUCUUUUGACCACGAGCAGCUACGAAACUUUCAGAUUGUAGUCCAAGCACAAGAUGCCGGUUUCCCACCCAUGAGCACCAAUGUUACCGUGAAUGUGUUUAUUUUGGACCAAAAUGACAAUGCACCGGUGAUAGUAGCACCUGAACCCCAAAACGGGACAGCGGCAACUGAAGUGGUGCCCAGGUCAGUUGAUGCUGGAUAUCUCGUGGCGAAAGUCGCCGCGGUGGACGGAGACGCAGGUCAGAACUCGCGUCUGUUCUACCAGGUCCUCCAGGCAACUGACCCAAGCCUGUUUAGCGUCGCCCUGUACACGGGCGAAAUCAGAACGAUUCGCAGAUUAGUUGAAAAGGACCCCAUAAGGCAAAGGCUGGUCAUUCUGGUCAAGGACAACGGUCAGCCACCCCUUUCGGCCACAGUUUCCAUCAUCCUGUCAGUUGUUGACAGCGUGCCAGAAUCGCUGCCUGAUUUCGGUGACCUCGCACUGAGCCCCCGGUACCGUUCGAACCUCACGCUGUUCUUAAUAGUGUCUCUGGGCGCUAUUUCGUUCACGUUUCUGGUGGCAAUUAUUGUCCUGGCUACUAUAAAGAGAUACAGAGAUCGACGUUCCGUUCGGGGAUAUAACUUCUCACUGAGUGGAUGCUGCGGGUUUCGGUCAGAGGAGUCUACCGCCGAUGUGUUUAAGAAGUCCAACUUGAACGUACAGAUUACUACAGGUACAAAAGGAUCCACAAGCGUUGAGGCAAAUGGGAACGGCCCCCUUUCCCAGCCAUACUGCUACAAGAUGUGUCUGACCCCGGAAUCAUCCAAGAGCGAUUUCAUGUUCCUAAAGCCAUGCAGCCCGAUCACUGCCACUCCACAGAAGAAUAAUGCCAAGGGCGCAGACUACCCCACGUCGGGUUGGGGCGCACAGGAUCACCGUAAGCUAAUAGUGAACAACGGAGCAACUACUCCGAACGAGCUCAAGCAGGCGAACAAGGACUGGACACUGACGAAAAACCAACGAAAUUCAGUGCAGAAAAGCUACAGCUCGGUGAACAUGGAAAGGACACUACCACGAAGACCCAAGCCGAACCCUGAGGGCUUCUCCAGCCCUGUCGCUCCUCAGUACUACACCUGGGGGAGCCAUAUGAAUGACUAUAAGGCGUCCUCUCACGUCGGAGGGCUAAGAGGAGGGGGAAGUGUUGAAAGUGAAGGAGGUAUGCCAAACCGCUCAUGGACUCCGAGGUACACACAACCUCCACCUGCACAGCCGCCUCCUGACUACCAGCACAAUGUUUACAUCCCAGGGACCCCGUCGGGCUACUGCCCCGUGAAGCCUGCCCCCAGAGGGGAACUGGAUGUCUACAAUUCCUUCUCCACGUUCGGAAAGAAGAAGAGGUUCAUCUCUAGCUAUGACCCGAGUUUAGACUAGAGGACAGCCUGCUAAACAAUGACUAUUUUAAGUGAAUUGAAUGGAACUGAACAAUACAAUUCGAUACCGUUCUCUUGUGGAUGUUAAUUGGCUAUUGAUAUCGUGUGCGUUAUAACCCACUGUGCAUAAUGCAAACGAGAAUAUUGUAGUUAUGUUUAGUCUGUUUGAAUCCAUGUUCCAUCGAACACAUAACUGACAGAAUUACAUCAUAGUAUGUAGUCCCAAAACAGCAAUGUCUAUGUCAUAAUGACAUCGGUUAAUCAUGUUCAAUCCUAGUUGAUGGUGAUGAUGAUGAGAUACAUUGGAAAUAUAUUGCACUUGUGGUGGUGCAAAUGAUCUGAGGAUCUGUUGCCAGAAGGUAUUACAGCAAAUGUCUCCAUUUACCUUGCAAGUUUGCAUUGUGCAGAUUAUGCGUUGUACUUUGUGUGCAAGUGUAUGUAUGCCAUAUUGUUGUUGUACUUUCUACCUUUAUGUUUUAUCCGUCUGGCUUCUUAAACAUUUCCACUUUAGGCCUGUACAAUCUGAGAUUAGCUUAUUGCUUAUUUCGUUAUUUAGGUUAGGCCGGGGACAGGACAUAUCGAUUCACGAUGGGCUCUGGGAUCUGUGGUUGUUGCCACAGAAAUAUACUCUGGAUAUUUCUAUAGAUUUGGCCAGAUGUGGCCAUAGAUGUAGACAUUCGUACUUUUUGGAUGUGGCCAUGUCCAGGGAAUGUGGUGCUGAAUUUACGUGGAGAAUAGCUGUGACGUUGACAUUAUGUUGUUCUUGUUAUUAUUAAAAGAAAAAUAUAUCUGUCCGUGGCUCUUGCUUUCA